CCGGCUUGGCUCGCGCAGCCUCUCAGUCGGUGUCUUGAUGUGCUCGCAAUCAGAUGCUGUGCUGCGUCCCGAAGAGUCUCGCGGACGGAGAUCCGUUCCACGACGAGGCCCCGUCCUAUGAUGAGGCCCCGUUCCACGACAAGGCUCUAUUUCACGACGAAACUCCGAAUAAGACGCCAAUAUCUAUCUGCAAAACAUGGGUCGAACUAUAUUCUGAGGAAGAUGCGCUGCCGCCGAUUCUGCUGCCUUGCGCUAUCUGCGCGCGGACAUUCACGCCGCAGUCGCUGGAGAAACACACGAGGAUAUGCGAACGCUCUGCCACCAAGAAACGCAAACCCUUCGACUCGGCUAAGCAAAGGAUCCAGGGCACCGAGCUGGCUGAAUUUCUGCCUAGACAGGAGCCCCGGCGACACUAUCAGGACGAGAAGACAACCAAGUCCUCUUGGAAGAAGACCCACGACGACUUCUUGCGAACCAUCCGGGAGGCGCGUGGCGAAAUCAUGGACUCAAGCAAUAAACAGUGCAAUUCACUGAUCUCCCCGGGCGCGCCGACUCGCGCCAACGAGAAAGGAACGUGCCCCACGUGCAAUCGACAAUUCGGUAUCAAAGCUUACGACCGUCACGUUGCCUGGUGCAAAGACAGAAUCACCCAGAUGCAAAUGAGUCCGGCGACGAACUUGGCGAAGGAGCGAUUAGAGGCGCGCAUGAGAUAUAAAGCACCAGUCAUUAAGAAUCGGCGAGCUAUUAAUCGAGAAAAAUACAGCCCGGGCUCGUCGGUGAAUCAAGGUGCCAAGACUUCUGUGUCGUCGCCGGCUCUCGUCAAACCGAAAGAAAGUGUCUCAGUAACUAAUGGCAAUCGACAGAGUCCGAUGAAGCAAAAACCAGCUGUCGUGAAACGUCCUGGACAGCUCAAGGAAUCUCCUAUCUCGUCUGGACCUAUGAAGUCGCGCCUCAUCGAUCGUACGAACAACCUAUAUUUAGUGCCGCCCAUGAGGAGAAGGGAAAAGGAUGAGUCCUUCCUUCUCCUCAGGCCAGCGGAAGAUCAUGACAUAUUGACAUCGACAUCCUGCCAAUCUUCUCAUUUCGUUAUAUCCUCCCGUCGUCCUCUCCAAUUUCCUGUACCUUCUACAAAAUCCAGAAUCAAUUCAGACUCAGUUUCCUUCAACGAGAUCACGUCGCCUACCAUCUCGUUUAGGAAACAAUCUGAUCGAAACGAAAAAAUCUCUCAACGCAUUCCAAACGACGAAACGAGAAAUCGAGAAAUCUGUUCUGUCAAAACACAAAAGAAUAUUGUUUCUGCAAGGAGUCAAGGCCAUCCGACGAUCAAUGAUAUCGCUGUGAACGAUAAGACUCUAGGCAUGAUUGUGCAGCCUUAUAAGAUACACACGGAUAUGCAAAAGGACGAUCAAUUAGUGACGUGGAAGCAGAUCAGUCACAAGAAGAACAAUCUUCAGUGUAACGAUUCUGUCGUCAGUUAUAAUUCCUCACAAGAGUUUCCGCUGCUCGAUCUCGACCGACGAUGUGAUCAAGAAGACGAAAUCAAUACGAUUGAAAAAGAAGAUAGAACCGAAAAAGAAUUGUUGAUCACGAAGAACGAUUUUACACAAGCCAACGACGAAUUAAAAGGCAGCGAGGUUGAUAAACCGAGGAAUGACAAGCUCAUAUGGUUAAAUGGAAUUCAGAAUCUGAAUCAGACUUACUUGAUAAAAGACUCGGAGGAUAUAUAUAAUGAACCACCGGAGAUUCUUCACAGUAAAUGGAAGCCUAUUAAACACAGUCCUCGUGUAGAGUUUUACUUCAAGGAUAUAGAAAACGAAAACGAAAUUAAUAAAACAAAAUCGGACAAAAAAACUAUAGCGAGUGACAAAGAAAUUAGAACUGCGAAACAAGAGUUAAAAAUGAGUAUUGAAAAUAAAGAAGAUACUGAGGCCAAAGUAAUGGAGCAUAAAGUAGAAAAAUUGAAAACAGAUAGUGAAAAUAGAAAAGAUAACUGGACAGUGAACGAUAAAGAGGUUGAAAUGAUAGAACACAAAAUAAAAAAAUUAAAUAUCGAUAUUGGAAAUAAAGAUAAUCGAAGACCGAUCAAUGAAGAGGAUAAAAUUGCAGGUUGCGAUGUUAAGAAACUAGAAGUAAAUAUCAAAGAUAAAAGAGAUUUUCAGAGAAUGGAUGACAUAGACAUUGCAGAAUUCGAUAAAUUAAGUGUGAAUAAAGAAGAUAAAAAAGAUAAGCAGAUAACGAUAGAUAAUGGAAUUAUUGAAAAUAUUAAAUAUACUGUAAUGGAAGAAAACGAGCAAAAUUCGUCGGAUUUUGAUACACAUAUUCAAUUUUCGCAGGAUGCGAAGGAAUCUUUUAAUAAAUCGAAGGUGAGUUCCAUUGACAGUAAUAAUGAUUUUAUAUUGAAUCUUCUUCAAAAUUUCUUUGAAACUUCUUUGUUGAAACAUGAAGAUCCAACGCUUCAUACCAACAAUAAAAAUAGUCUAACAUUUUCAGACAUCUUUAUUAAUAAUUAUACUGAAGAUGAUUUAAACCUUAAAAAUAAAAUGUUACAAUACGAAAGUGAUACAUGUUGCAAUUUACUAAAGUUACAGGAAAACGCUUCAGCUUUCAUAUGCAAUCAAUCUGAUAUAAAUAAUAUGAUGUUUUUAAACAGUAGUAACCAAGCUGAUCCUGAAGAUGAAAUGCUACCAUGUCAAAGUAAUAUAAUAUGUUCCAAUUCAUUAGAUCUAACAGAAAAUAUCAAAGUAUCAUCAUCUACUGUUUCCAGUCGAGCUAUUAGUCUAGAAAAAGAUUCUAUAAAGAAUGCUGAAGAAAUUGAAAUAAAUGACGAAAUAUGCGAGAAUGGUUUAAUUUUUCUCUAUAAUAAGGACUCUGAGAGAAAUUUAAAAGAAUUAAACUCUGAAAUAUUGCUUUCACAAAAUUCGGAAAUACUUGCUAAUGAGUCAAAUGCAUGCAUAAGUAAUAUAUCUCUACAAGUUAAAGUUAACAAACAACGCCAAGAACAAUUCUUCGAUUCCGAUAAUUUUGAGAAUAUUGAGGAUUGCUUGAAAAAUAGGAAAACAGAUUUUAAUGCAGAUAUAGAUAGACAAUCGAAUAAUAAAUCAAGCCGCUCGAUUAUUCAAAUGGAAAUUACGACAAGCGAAGGUUUGCGCAAGAGAAACAUAGACAACGAAGAAUUUAAUUAUGGCGGCGAUAAUAUCGUGUUUGUCGGAAAACAUAACAUGCGAGGCUCUGAUGAUUUAAUGUCAUCAGUCACGUUGAAGGACAAUGUCGAGACGCAGUAUCGGGGCGAUGAAACUUUUCUAAAAGCGAGCGUAAAUUUUUCAAAAGGCGUUCCCGACUCGCCUGGAAGAGCGGCAAAAGAGCGUCCAGUACAUUCCGUCAAAAUAAAACACAAAAUCAGAGAAAGCAUGAAUCGUCUUCGCGGCAGCACCGAUUCCUUGAUAUCCUCUAUCGAAUUUAUAGAUCUUGAGAACAUUAGGCGGCCCAAAGCGAAUUAUGCUUACGAGCAAGAAAGCAUAGAGAUAAUUCGGCCGAAACGGAACAGAGUGUUUAGAGGUCUACCCGAUAUAAAGAACGAUUUGGCGGAAACGAGAGAAGAUUUUGAAAGAUCGUACUGGGAGAAAGCUUCGAAAAUUUCACGAAAUAGGUUGAUCGAUCUGGAUUCCAUUCCCGCGAGAUACAAGUUCGUUAAAAGAAAUCCCAGAGUCCGUAUCCUCCCUCCAGUCCCAAGUCCAUCGUUGAUCGAACGAAGGAAAAUUGAACUGACGACACGUCCCGCCUGGUGCAAUUACGUGCGCAGAAGGCCGGACUUUAAUCUUGUGCUUAAAGCUAGAACCGGCACGAGCAAGGAUUACGAUCCGUUUCUGUUGGCCGAACAGCAGAUGAAAGACCUGCUGUCGGACAUGAGCGAUCAGUCCACGACGGGGAGCCCCAAACUCCAACAAACUCACGACAAUCUGUACCCUCUCUCUCAUUCCUCCGCCUUUGUAAAAUAUCCUAUCUCUCAUAAGAGAUCGUCUCUGAUAGAGCCUCCUAUCGAGUUCGACGAUGUUGCAUCCGACUUUUCGAGCGAUUCCACCGAGACCAACUCGAUCUCGCGCGAGAUCUUCCUCUCGAAGCCCGUUCUCAGGAGUAAGGAUAUAACGGAUGUUGCGAGCCUAAAACCCGUCAAGGAAUUGGGCAGGCGAGUCAUAAUCGAUAAAUCAAAAGCAUUGGGCGUCGACGAGCGCCGCGGCGUCGUCGGCAGCGCCGACAGACCACGCAAGAUUUUUGACAAGGUCACGCCAAUGGUCACGAAAUCAUUGAUUGAUCGGUCCAACUCGAUUCGGGUCUCGUCCGCGCCCAGAACCAAUUCAGGCUUCGUCAGAAAGAUCUCGAACGAUAUCAGGAAGGUCCAGGAUUCCACGAUAACCGAGGAUCAGUCAUUGUCAAGGUCGUCGGAUCAGAGUCUCAAUCAGAGCAAUAACAACUAUUCGUCCCUGUCCGGCAGCAACUUAAGCCUCAACUCAAUUAUUUCCUCCUCGGAGUUAGACGUCAAGCGAUCGAACUCAAUGUUCGACGAGCUGAUGACGUGCUUCAAGGAGGAUGAAUUUAAUCUAAGAUCCUUCCUCAAUAAUGACUCCUUCGACCUAUCCAGCUCCGGCGGUGAUAGGCAGCGGAAUGGCAGCCUGAUCAGUGAUGGGGAAUUGUCUUCACCUGAUAGCUACAAGCCGCGGGAUCACAGCAAGCUCAGCAACGACUCCGCGUACAGCAGUUUAAAUCGCAAAUAUUCACACCACGGACGCAGCACCAACGACGUGAUCGGCCGUCUCGAUGAGGACGUGCCUAGAAAUGAGACAUCACCGACUCAGACGACGAUCAAAUGCAAGCUGUCCAAAUUCUGCCACGAAUGCGGUCAGCGAUUUCCGGAAACUGCCAAGUUCUGCUGCGAAUGCGGCGUCAGAAGGCUUGCGUUAUGAAACGCAUCAUCAUUCUUCGAGUAUUAUCACCAUUGUAUCGAUCUUGAUAUUAAGAAGUGAAACAAAGAUAUCACCGUAAAAAUAUUCUUUCGAGAAAAGAGUAUAUUACAAUUGUUUAUUUCGAAAGCAUUUUUAAGAGUGAGAAUGGUCCAAAAAUAUUUUCUGAAAGAAGAGUAUAUUAAUUUGCAAUUUUGAAACAAUCUUUUUUUUCGAGAUUGAAAAUGUUUUCUGAAAAUAUUCUUUGAUAGUGAGACAAUAUGGAUUAACUUUCUUAUCAUGAUGGUAUGUAGAAUGGUAUAUUAUUCAGGCGGCUUUUAAAAAAUCUUAGAGUUUUAAGUAUCUUUCAUGAAUUUUGUAAGAUAGCAUUUUUACCGCCGAAGAAUUUUUUUAUCUCUGCUUUAGUUUGCUUUCUAUGAUGCGUCGAUUUACUCGCUGUAUUUGUGUAGUCUAGUAAUAUAUAUAUAUAUAUAUAU